UACUGGCACAAAGGAUGUUUCCACUGUGAAGUUUGCAAAAUGGCUCUGAACAUGAAUAACUACAAAGGAUAUGAAAAGAAACCUUAUUGCAAUGCACAUUACCCAAAGCAAUCCUUCACUACAGUGGCCGAUACACCAGAAAAUCUUCGUCUGAAGCAACAAAGCGAAUUGCAAAGUCAGGUAAAAUACAAAAGGGACUUUGAAGAAAGCAAAGGAAGAGGGUUCAGUAUUGUGACCGAUACGCCCGAGUUACAAAGACUGAAAAGGACUCAGGAACAAAUCAGUAAU